AUGAAUGUAUGGAAGUCGUUUAAAAGAGCCUGUGAAGAGUCGAACAAGCAAGCUGUAAGUUACACUAAAUUUACCGACUUGUGGAAACAAUUUUAUCCAAACAUUGUCAUGUCGAAACCGAUGACCGACUUAUGCUUCACCUGCCAACAAAACACUUCCAAGUUACUUCGAGCAGGCAAUCUUCCAGAAGAAGAAAAGUCCAAAUGCGUUCAAACACAACAGGAGCAUUUGAAUUCAGUAAAGGCAGAGAGAGAGCUUUAUCGAAAGGUUUGCGAAGAGGCGAAAUGCAGUCAAUCUAAAAACUUU